AUGGAAUCAAGCGACUCCGGCAAGUGGAAAGAAGCGUGUGACUCGGAGUUCGAUUCGCUUCAAAAAAAAGACACGUGGGAAAUCGUGCCUCUUCCGAAAGGUCGCAAGGCCAUCGGGUGCCGAUGGGUUUUUCGUGUAAAGGAGAAUCAAGAUGGCGAAGUUGAACGUUUCAAGGCAAGACUUGUGGCCAAAGGAUUCUCACAGAAAUUCGGAGCUGACUAUGAAGAAACUUUCGCACCGGUGGCCAAGUUCACAUCGAUUCGUGUGGUGCUCAGUAUGGCCGCUAAGUACGGCCUAAUGCUACAUCAGAUGGACGUCAAGACAGCGUUUCUUAACGGCUCCCUCAACGAAGACAUCUACAUGGACCAGCCGGACGGAUACCUGGAUGCAACACAGCCGGACUAUAUGGGAUUCAAGAAGUGCGAAUCGGACCACUGCAUCUACAUCAAGCGAGACGACCAAGACAUGAUUCUCGUGGUGCUCUACGUCGAUGAUCUCAUCCUGGCCAGCAGCAACAACGAACUCCUCAAGUCAACCAAGAUGGCGCUGAGCAAACGCUUCGAAAUGACGGAUCUCGGUGAGCUCGAUUACUUUCUCGGCAUGGAGAUCAAGAACGACCGUAAGACGGGAAUGGUGACUGUACAACAAACCAAGUUUCUCAAGUCCGUGUUAACCAAGUUCGGAAUGGAUAACAGCAAGCCAGUGAAGACGCCUCAAGAUCCCGGCCUGAAGCUAACCAAGAACAUGUGUGAACAAGAAUGCAAGCACGAAGACACCAUGUGCAACGUGCCAUAUCGAAGUGCUGUCGGAGGCAUCAUGUAUCUCAUGGUCGCCACACGUCCGGAUCUAGCUGCUGCAGUGGGAUCAUUAUCCCAGUUCUCGUCCGACCCAUGCCCGACUCACUGGCAAGCUUUGAAGCGUGUGCUGAGAUACCUGCAAGCAACGCCCAAUCAUGGUCUUGAGUUUACACGUGAAGAAGGAAGCCGUAUCUGCGGGUACACCGACGCAGACUGGGCCGGCGACAUUGAGUCAAGACGAAACCAGAAACAACGGACGGUCGCGCUAUCUUCAACAGAAGCAGAAUACAUGGCGCUUUCCGAAGCAACCAAAGAAGCAGUAUGGCUCAAGGUGCUUUUGGGGGAACUUGGUGAGAUGACAAGCGACGAAGCGAUCAAGAUGUAUGAAGACAACCAAGGAUCAAUCGCUCUCGCCAAGAACCCGGAGUUCCAUAAGAGAACAAAACACAUCGACAUACGCUACCAUUUUGUGCGUGAGAAGGUGGAAUCAGGUGAAGUCGUUUUGGAGUAUCACCCGACUCAAGAUAUGCUGGCAGACAUGAUGACCAAGCCGAUCGCCGCUGUACAAUUUGAAAACAUUCGCGAUCGACUUGGGAUCCAAGAUGCCGCAGCUAACGAGUCGAGAGGGAGUGUUGAAAAGACAGCGGCUGUGAAGAAGACACCUCGUCAAGCUGCGUCAAGUGUUGAAGCAAGUGGAAGACCAAGCUUCGCUAUACCGGUGGGUACCGGUAUGUACCAGUAA